CCCGGCCCCUGCCCGCCUCCGCCGCUAUCGUUCGCGCCCCGCCCGGGCCGCGGGAGGCGCUGCGCCCUCCCCAUCCUGGACAGCUGGACACUCCUCCCGCCCCCGGCCGGGCGCAGCAGGUCCUACACAUUGGGUGAAGAGGCUGACUUUCCUCUAACAAGUGUUGUACAAGACUUCUGAGCCUGACGCCUCACCUGUGAAAAGGAGCUAACGAUCCCCCUUCAGAACCCUGAUGCCCAGAUGACAUAAUCUUUGUGCAACGGAAAUUCCCAGGCUCUGGGUCCUUGCUCCCUGGUUCUAUAGGCGCCUUUUCCUCGUCUGCCUUCCUCAGCGGACUGUGAGCGUCCGAGGACUUGGCCUGUCCAGGUCAUUAUCAGCCAGGGUCGGGUCACAGGAGCAAAGAAGAGAAAACCUCAAGGAACUUCUUUUAGAAAGAAAAACACGUUUUGUAUACAAAGAGGAAGAUCAGAUAUUAUCCAGUAAUAGAGAUUGGAGAAUGAUGACAUCUGAACACCAGGUCCAAGAAGGGACAAAAGUUCUGAAACUUAAAACAAAUAUGGCUGAUAAAGAAAAUGCCAAUCGACUGACAGAAACCGAAAAUAAUAUAACGAUGGGAAAAAAUUGUAAUCCUUUAAAACCUUCUAAUGACUUAACCAAUUCAACUAUUGUACUCGAUAUACAUAAUCUGAAAGACAAUAAUAAAACUAUUCAGUUGUUACCAGUUAAAGAUGAUCCCCAAAGUCAACGUAGGACAUUUAGCCAGGGAUUUCACUUAAAAAAAAAUGGUAAAGAAAACCAAAUGACUACAGAAAAACCAAAGCAUGGUGUUACUAACAUUCCCAAGAAACUUGUGCUUGGAUCUUACCGUGGCCAAAUUGUUCAGUCUAAGGUUAAUUCAUUUAGAAAACCAGUGCAAGUCAAAGAUGCGAGUGCUGCCACAACCCAGAAACUUUCAGUUACUGUGUCUGAAGCCACAGAGCCUCAGCCUGUAAAUACCAGCAGUGUAACAGUGAAAAGUAAUAGCACCUCAAACAGAGCUACCACAAAAUUUGUGAGCACUGCACGUCAGGACCGACAGCUUGUGCAACCUCCUAUUAGAAGUCACCACAGUAGUAACCAGGACAAGGUGAAACAGGACAUCAGCAGAACUUCUGCCAGUGUUACAGUCCAGAAAGGGCCCACUGGAAAGGGGUUACUACAGUUAAAAACAGAUUUAUCUAGGGUCAAAAUCAGUUCUUCUCAAGACACAAAAAGAAAUGAGACAUCAUCAAGAAACCUGGGUUCUGAAAUUAUAACCAGGCCAGCUUCAUCUACUAACAGAAAACUGAUAGAAAAGUCCAAAACCAUUGACCAGAGAAGACAUACUGUAGCCCAGGCAACCUUUGUUAGAUCAGCUCAGCCCAAAGAAACUGCAGAGAGGAGAAUCCGUCUGACUGAGUGGAAAACUGGCAGAGGAAGAGUGCUGAAAAGGCCUUCUAGCUCUGUACUUACUCAGCUAGAACCUGAAGGACAAAAUGAAAACCCUGUUGGGUCUUUCUGGUCUACCAUGGCAGAAGAGGACGAGCAGAGACUAUUUACUGAAAAAAUAAACAGGACAUUUUCUGAAUGCCUGAACCUGAUUAAUGAGGGAUGCCCUCCCCCAAAAAUACUGGCCACACUGAAUGACCUGGUUAAAAAUAUUCCAGGUGCCAAAAAACUUGUCAAAUAUUGGAUAUGCCUUGCACGUCUUGAACCAAUCACAAGUCCUAUUGAGAAUAUUAUCAUGAUCUAUGAGAAGGCCAUUCUGGCAAGGGCUCAGCCUAUUGAGGAGAUGCGACGUGCAGUUGUAGAUAUUCUUACCCUGAAGAGUCAAGAAGAAGUUAGUUUUGGAGAAAAGACCAAGGCUUGUGCAGCCACAGAAGAAAUCCAAGAAGUCAACACCGAUAACAUAGGUGUUAACCUAGAGCCAGGAAAACUGGAAAUGGAACAUAAACAACCUAGAAGUGUGAUAUUUCAGGACUGUGAAGAAGAACAAGAGGACAAAGCAAUAGAGCCCAUCAGUGGUGCUAAAACCCCCAGUAAAGAAACUGGAGGGAGUUGCUUAAUUAAAUACAAUGUUUCUACCAUGCCAUACUUGCAAAGUGUAAAAAGGAAGAUGCAGUUUAAUGAAACGAAUUCUACAUUUAAAGAGCUGAAGUUUCUAACGCCAGUGAGACGUUCUCGACGUCUUCAAGAGAAUAAUUCCAAAUUGCCAGAUAUGCUAAAAGACCAUUAUCCUUGUGUGUCUUCACUGGAGCAGUUGGCAGAAUUGGGAAGCGAAAUGGAUGCUUUUGUCUGCCGUCCUAAUGCAGCGCUUGGUAGGAUGUGCUCAGAGGCUGAAACAGCAGAGGAGAAGUAAAGCUCUGAUGAGGAAUAGGGUUUUAAUAUAAAUACAGUAAUGCGGCAUCAUCAGAAAAUGAGAUAAAAUUUAUGUUUAUGUAAAAGAAAGUUCUUUGUGUUAAGAAGGAAAAGGUGCUAAACUUAGUGGCUAUUAGAAACCUUAAAGCUAGCCUGAGUUCCCUUCUUAGUUAAAAUUUUAACUUCAUAGCUUCGUUUGAUGUAAUUUAUACAUUAUUUGAUUGGAGUUAGGGAUGGAAUAUAUACUAUUUAAUAACUCUCAGUUUAGUUUAGGUAGCGUUUCUAAAAGAACUAAUGUUAAACUUGUUUGCAUCUGCAUGAUAUAAAAAUUUUACUGUUAAAUCAUGUCCCCUGAAACCUAACCAUUAUAUACAGUAAACAUUUCUCUUCUCCUCACAUAUAAAUACCACCAAUAAAAUUGUUUUGUAAAGCCCUGAAGUAAUACUUAAAUAACAUACAUAAUCUACCAACUCUAUACAGUUUCAAAUAAGUAGUGAUUUUUCAUUGUAAAAGAUUAGUUUUAAAACAAAUGAAUAUGAUGGAAGAGCACGUUUCACCUUAUGUGCAUUCAUUCCAUUUGUGUGAUAGCAGGUAACUGUGUUCUAUUUAUUGUCUUUUGUUCUGGAGAAUAGGACUUUAAUUUCUUUUUAACUGUGUACACCUAAUAUGCAUCCAAUAAAUUAAAAU